AUGGAUUCCAUCGAGAGGCUCGUCGAUUUAAACAAGCUCGUCGAGCGCUACGGAAAGCUCGGCGAUUUGAGGCGCGCGCGCGAGAUCUUUGACGCGAUCCAGCACAAGAAUGCCUUCUCCUGGAAUCUGAUGCUCUGCGCCUACUCACGCAACCAUGACAUUGAGCUCGCCAGGCGCGUUUUCGAUGCGAUGCCGGAGCGCGAUGCCGUGACCUGGAAUGCGAUGCUCGCCGCUUAUUCACGUGCUGGACAUAUCGAUCAAGCACAGGAGAUCUUUGAUUCCAUGCCGCAGCCAAACCUAGCCUCGUGGAACACACUCCUCUCGAUGUAUGCCCUAAGUGGGAGACUCGAGAGGGCUCACCACCUUUUUAACUGCAUGCCGCAAAGAAACCUUAUGUCGUGGACUACAGUUCUUACAGCAUUUACCGAAAGAGGGCAUCUUGAUUAUGCUGAAACACUGCUCCAGAAAAUGCCCGAGAAAGAUUUGAUUUCAUCAACGAUAAUACUCACAAUGUUUGCAAAGCACGGUCAAAUAGAGAAAGCUAAACAUGUCUUUGUUGAGAUGCCUCAUGUAGACCUGGUUACUUUGAACACAUUAUUAACAGUAAAUGCCCAAUCAGGGGAUUUGGACAAAACACGCAAUGUGUUUAUGUCCAUGCCUGAAAGAGACCUUAUUUCCUGGAAUGCUAUGUUGUCCGCCUAUGGUCAACUUGGCAAUCACGUAGGUGAUUCCAGUAAAUUCUUUAGAGACAUGCCCGAGAGGGAUUUGGUAUCCUGGAAUUCUUUGCUCGCAGCAUACGUCCAAAACGGGCAUUUUGACGAUGCCUACGAAGCUCUCCAAAAUCUUAUGCCCCAGCACGACUGUGUGAGCUGGAGUACGGUCAUGCACGGCUUUGUCCUGUACGGACAGCUGGAAAGGGCAGAGAAUAUGUUUCACGAAAUCCCCGUGCAAGUAUUAGCGUGCCAGAACUUGAUGCUUUCGGCAUACUCCCAGGCAGGGAGACUGUACGAGGCAAAGGAGGUGUACGACGCAAUGCCGUACUGGGAUACAGUCUCCUGUAAUGCGCUGGUCACGGCAUAUGCCCGAAAUGGGGAUCUAGAAGAUGCCAAAGGAAUCUUUGAUGCUAUGCCUCAACGAGACAUAGUGACAUGGAAUGCGCUCCUGACGGAAUAUGCGCAGGGUGGCCACGCGGAAGAAGCAGAGUGGCUUUUCCAGAAAAUGCCGUACAAGGACGUGGUGUCUUGGAACUCUAUGCUGGUAGUAAAUGCCAAUAGAGGAAAUCUGGAAUAUCUCAAGUGGAUGUUUGACGAGAUGCCAUUCUGGGCAGUGGUGACGUGGAAUGUGCUGCUUGCGGGAUAUUCCCGCAACGGGUCUCUUGAGAACGCGGAGGUUCUGUUCCACAAGAUGCCCCAACGCGACACAGUGUCAUGGAACGUGAUACUUUCGGCAUAUGCCCAAGCCGGGAAUAUCCUGUAUUCACGGAACCUGUUUGACCGGAUGCCCUCUCGAGAUAUCGUGUCUUGGAGCGCAAUGCUCGGGGCUUAUGCCUUGAUUCGUUGCAGCCAAGAGGUGAUCAACCUCUUUAACGAUCUUAAGUCAACACGGUUUCCAGAUGAGAUUUGCUGCUUGUCGGUGUUGAUGGCGUGCACUCACAAAGGCAAAGUUCACGAGGCAAGGUCUUGCAUGGUGUCAAUGGCGAUGGAUUUCGAGCUCAAGCCACUCAAGCAGCACUACUGCUGCAUGGUCGACCUCUUGAGCCGGAGUGGAUUCGUGGACGAUGCGGAGGAACUCGUGGAGAGGAUGCCAUUCCAGCCGGAUCUUUUAGAGUGGACUUGCGUGCUUGGUGCUUGUAGAAGUCAAAGCAAUCUCAUCACACGGGCAAAUCGUGCGGCCGAGGAAGUUGCGAGUUGUGAUCCAAGGGCUGCCACAGCAUAUGAUCUCCUUGCAAACGCGUACUCCAUGAGAUGA